ACUACGAGCGUCAGAAUGAUAAUGAUUAGCUAGACAGGAAGCGGAAACUUUGUAUUGGUAAUCGUUGCCAAGGGUGACGUUGAUUACAAAUGGUGGACAUGAAAUAAAUUUUACCCUGGACUCAACUUAAAAAAGAAACAUGUCUAUAGCAAUAGCCCAGGCCAGGCAUAUUUUUGGCCUAAAGUCAGGUGUGUGUGGUAACAUCUGCUACCAUGAUGAACAAACAAUUGUUUACCCUUCGGGGGCAAACUGCAUCUUGUAUAACAUCGACCAGAAGGUGCAGAAAUUUAUACAAGGUACUGAUAAAAGUGAAGGAAUGACAGCAUUAGCUGUCAGUCCAAACAGAAGAUAUGUAGCUAUUGCUGAAAAGCUUGAAAAACCAACUAUUACCAUCUAUGACUUGCAUAGUCUUAGAAAGAGGAAAGUACUUAGCUCUCCUGAUGUGGCUUCAAAUGAGUAUGUCAGUCUAGCCUUCAGUCCAGAUUCUAAGUAUCUUGUUGCACAAGGAGGAAAACCAGAUUACACUCUCCUGUACUGGACAUGGGAGAAAUCAAAAGUCAUGGCUGUCACAAAGACCUCAAAUCCUCAGACAAACCCUCCAAUUUAUCAGGUAAGCUUCAAUCCACAAGACAAUACACAGCUAUGUGUGGUUGGCAAUGGUAUUUUCAAGAACUUCCGUUACAGUGAAGGAAAUUUGAAAACUUUUAAUAUUCAGAAAGUAGAGCCACAAAAUUAUCUUUGUCAUGCCUGGGUAUCUGAAGAGAGAGUCAUUGUUGGUACAGACACUGGACGCUUGAUGUUGUUUGAGGCUGGUGAAAUGAAGCAUGAAUUCAACAUUGCUGCUCAAGAAAAGAAACCUGGAGAAGAGGAUAUAGCUACAGGACCACCCCAGAUAACUGCUAUUGUCUCCUAUUCAAAGGGAUUUGCAUGUGCCUGUGGACCAGGAACUGUUCACUUGUUCGAGAAAACUGAUGACAAAGAUUUCUUUAAGAAGGCUAGAGAAAUCAAGAUUCCUCAAGAUUCAAAUAGUGCUGAUCCUUCAAAGUCACAGCAUAAUCUGGAAUUGUACAGAGAGUUUGCAGAGGAGGCUUACAGUAUUGCCCUACAUCCCUCUGGUCUGUAUAUCCUGGUGGGAUUCAGUGAUAAACUCAGACUUAUGAACCUCCUCAUUGAUGACAUUAGAACAUUCAAAGAGUUCACUAUCAGAGGAUGUAGAGAGUGUGCCUUCAGUAAUGGUGGUAACUUGUUUGCCGCUGUUCACGGUAAUGUGAUUCAAAUCUAUUCAACCAUCACAUUUGACAAUGUUGCUAAUCUGAAAGGCCAUAAUGGUAAGGUCAGAUCAAUUGUCUGGAGUUCUGAUGAUAGCAAGAUUGUGUCCUGUGGUCUAGAUGGUGCUGUCUAUGAGUGGGAAACAUUUACUGGUAAGAGAGUGGGAGAAUCCGUCCUCAAAUCCUGUCAUUAUACUGGCGUAGCUGUGACUUCAGAUGGGAAAACUACCUUUGCUGUCGGGUCAGAUAAGACCUUGAAAGAAAUCUCAGAUUCGGCAAUUUUAAGAGAGGUAGAUGCUGGGGAAGCUACACUAACCAAUGUUGCAUUGUCUCGUUCUGGUCGUAUGUUGUUUGCAGGCACUUCCAGAGGAACCCUGUGGUCUUUGAAGUUUCCACUGACCAUUCCUGGUGAGUGGCAGGAGCUGCAAGGUCAUGGAAGCACUAUUUCAAAGAUGAAAAUCACAUAUGAUGACCAGUUCCUUGUCACAGUAUCCGAGGAUUCUUCAAUAAUUCUUUGGAAGAUUCAAGACAAGGAAGGUCGUGGUGUUAAACGUGACAAAGAAGUAGGCUGGGCAGAAGAAAUUCUGAUCACCAAGAGUGAUCUAGAAGAGAAGAAUUCCAUGAUGGCUGAACUUAAAACACGUGUAGAUGAACUAAAGAUGGAGAAUGGGUACCAGCUAAGACUGAAGGAUAUGAAUUAUAAUGAGAAGAUUAAAGAGUUGACAGAGAAGUUCAUUCAGGAGAUGGAGUCGUUGAAGACAAAGAAUCAGGUGCUGAAAACAGACAAAGAUAAAGAGGAAGCUAAACAUGAAGAAGAAAUGGCUGAACUUAUGGAGAAACAUAGCAAAAAAAUGAUUUUUUGUAAAAAGUCUGCCAACAACCAGAAGUUAAUGUUGGAGUAUGAGAAAUUCCAGGAACAGCAGGCGAAGAUGAUGAAGAUGCAGGAAGAUUACGACAGACAGUUGGUGGAAAUGGAGGAGAGUAAACAGAGAGCCCUUGAGGAGCUCACUGAAUACUACGAGACUAAAAUACAGGAGAUGACCACAAAACUUGAGCAGUCAAAUGAUGAGACUCGCCAGCAGACUCGUGAGUACGAGGAGACAAAGAAACAGAUUGAAGAAGAUGCUGACCGUGAGAUACUGGAUAUCAAAAACAAGUAUGAGAGGAGGCUGAGAGAUGAGAAGGAAGCUAACAUGAGACUUAAGGGAGAAACUGGUAUCAUGAAGAAAAAGUUCACCAGUCUACAAAAGGAGAUUGAUGAUCAUAAAGAAGAGAUCAAGAAAUAUCAGGCAGAUAAGGCCAAACUUGAGAACAUUAUCAGAAAUCUGGAGAAGGAUAUUCUUGGUUUGAAGAAAGAGAUCCAGGAGAGAGAUGAUACCAUCAAGAUAAGGGAUGGAAGUUUGGUGAUUGAUAAGCUCAACACUGCACUUGAACUUAACAUUACUGAGCUCAGACAGAAACUCAAGGCCACAGAUAAAGAGAUGCACCAAGAGAGACAGAGGGUUAGAGACAAGGAAGCAGUUGUGAAGAGAUUCAAGACUGAUCUUCAUAACUGUGUAGGUUACAUACAGGACCCUAAGAUGUUGAAAGAAAGUAUCAAGGCCCUUUACCAGAAACAUGUACAAGAAGAUAUUACUGAGUCUGCUAGUGUUGAUGCUGACAUUCAGAAGGAAUACAGCCGUCAGAGAGAACAUCUUGAAAGAUCUGUCGCCUCUCUUCGUAAAAAACUGGCUAAGGAUUCAGAAAUACACAGAGCUGACAAUGUUAGGAUUAUGCAGGAAAAUGUUUCCCUUAUCAAAGAAAUCAAUGAUUUGCGUAAAGAAUUGAAGAUAGCAAGAACAAUGAUUCAUGACCUAGAGGCUACAGUUAAACAAUAUUCAAAGAGAACAGGUGGGGAAGAUGGAGACAUCUAUGCUGUAAUGCUGAAAGCACCAAAUGCCUUGGUUGAAAAUGAAUUAGAAGAGAAAAACAAAAUUAUAGACAUGCAGAAAUUUGAAAUCAGAAAGUUAAGAAUGGAAAUGGAAACAGGUUCUCGUCCUGGUUCCUCAACUAAACUGCCACCUAUGCAAGCAGUAGAAUCUUCAGCAUAAUAAUCACCUUAAGACAUUUUAACUGCACUUGUUUCAAGGAAGUAUUGAUUUUAAUAAACUCAUUAAGUGUAAAAUCUGGAAAUUAUUGUCAAAACAUUUUUACUUUCAUUGUUAUAAAGUAUUUUGGAAAAAGAGAAAUUUUACCAGUUAUCAGUUGAUGAUGUUCUUGAUUUAUUCCCAAUAAUGUUUCAGAUUUUUUUUUUUGUCUUUAUGAAAAAUUACAAUGAAUACUUUAUUUGUUUAUAGAAACUAGUGUAACUUAUAUGUGAAUUUAACUUUGGCGUUUAAGAUUUAUGAAAAUAUGUUCAUUGUAUUAAAUAUGAAAAAUCAUACCAUUAACAGUUAAUGUUUUGUUGAUCUUUUAUUAAAAUGAUCAUCUAGAGGGAAUUUUAAGUUGAAGAUACUGUAUUAUAUGUAUUUUUCUACAUACAAAACUUUGUGUUGGAGGUAGGAACAUAACACUCCUCUUUCUUUUUCCCCUGAUAUGACUGUAAUGUUUAUGGUAAGCAUACAUCGAGUGUUGAUCUCCUAUUGUUCAAUAUUGACAUGAUGCUAUUGUGACUGUAGUUUAUCAUAUAACUUUUAUCUUGUAGAUUGUGGUAAACUUCCUUAAUGAAUAAAUGCUUCAUUUGUUUUAUUAUUUUUAUAAAUCUGUGAUAUUUUUACCCGUCCUUAUUUUGGUUUAAUAUUGCAAGUUUACAUGAGUAUAAAUUUUAAGUAUAUUUGACGGUGUAUACAUUGAGAUAAAAAUAAAUGAUUAUCUAUUUA